CUCUUUGAGGUGAGAGAAUUUACAUGUUGUAAUAAUUAACGGACACAAUUCCCUGGUCUUCUCCAUGCAUCAGAGACACAGCUACAGGCUUUCCACAAAAUGUCCAACUUUACUGAUAUUGAAAAGUCAGUUGAACUCUUUCAAUUAAUAGUUUACAUCCCAACGUUCAUCUUUGGCCUAAUCUUUAACACAAUAGCCCUCUGGAUGCUCUUCUUCAGGAUUAAGAAAUGGAUGGAAACAACAACGUAUAUGGCAACUUUAAUCCUCUUCGAUUCCUUGCUGUUAAUUACCCUACCUUUUAAAAUAAAAGCAUAUAAUGUUGGGGAAAAGUGGACCCUUGGAUCUGGUGUCUGCACAUUCCUGGAGAGCCUAUACUUUGUCAAUAUGUAUGGUAGCAUUUUCAUAUCAGUGUGUAUCUGUAUGGACCGUUACAUUGCUAUACAAUUCCCCUUCUAUUCUAAGGUAUUGAGGUCUCCUAAGAAGGCAACCAUAAUAUGCAUCUUGGUUUGCAUAACCGUGUGGGGAUCAUCUACUGGUUUUCUUCUUCGACUUAAGGACAAUAACGAAUCGCAUUGUUUCUAUGGGUUUUCAGAUGCAACUUGGAGGAACAUUUACCUAGUCAUCAUGCUUGAACUGGUGUUUCUCUUUAGUGCUGCCCUCUUGACAUUUUGCACAGCACAUAUACUUCUUACAUUCAAAAACAAAAUUCAAAAUGACCUUUAUUGUACCUCAAGAGGACAAAAAAAGUCAACUAGGAUCCUUUUGGUCAACUUACUAACUUUCUUAUUCUCAUUUGGACCCUUUCAUUUGUCCCUGUUGCUGUACUUCUUGGUAAAAAAUGGCCUCAUAUCAGAAGUUCAUAUAAGGCAGUUGCGUAUAUUUAUCCAAGUCAGUCUUUGCAUUGCCAACACUAACUGUUUUUUGGAUGGUGUAUGUUAUUAUUAUGUUCUUAAAGAGUUCGUAAAGGCAAAUAGGCAACCUGUGGAGACGAGGUAGCAUUUAUUCAUCCUGUUUUUAGAUUCUUUGCUGCCCAUCAGAGAGGAUAUGAUUGUAAUAAUUCCCAUGAUUACUUUUCAAGAGCAUGACACGUGGAAGUGGUGGAAACAGUAUGUCUGAGACUCAAGCCUACAGCGAGCAAGAACCAUGUGUUAGGGAUAUUUUCCGGGACUAAAAAUUUCACUCCUGGCAUCCCACUAACUAGCUAAAUACAUUGAUGCAUUGCUCAGGUGAGUGCUGCAGCCUCUUCAUUAUUAUUUACCACUGUUCCUUACAUUUAGUUGCAGUUUUACCUGCUACUGGAGCUUCCUUCAGCUCGGACCUAUUCAAGUAAAUCGGACUGAGCUGCAAAAUCAGGCAGAGCCGCAACAAAAUAUAUAAAGCUGUGCUUGGUCAACAUUGAAAAGUCUGUAGUGCUAGUCUAAGUGUCACAGCCACUUGAAUCUGUUGAUCAGUGGGGAUGUCAGGAACCCCACUAAGCUGAUAUUGUUGGCCUAUUCUAAAGAUAAACCAUCAACAUUAACCCUUUCAUGACCGGGCCCAAAAAAGGCCUGAAUGUCCAGGCAACAUUUUGUGAUUUUGUGCACGUGGCGGUUUGGUGACCGUAGCUUUUUUAUU